AUGGCGGAUCCUACAACAUCCAAAUCUGUUAUAAGUAGUAGUGAUGUUGCCUUUCCUAGAGGAGGAGCUACUGCUUUAUCAGCUUUAGAAAUUAAGGACAUCUCCAAUGAAGCAACAAAAGAUGUUCUCUUCGAAGCUUCUAGUGCAUCUAAAAGAUCCAGUUCGUCCAAGUCAGACCAACCAUCUAAGAAAUCUAAGAAGGGAUCUAAGAAGAAGGCUGCUAAGUCGACCAACGAAGACGAGGAAGAGAAAUCGAAUGUUCAAAUUGAAAAUUUUAACUUCAAGAAUUUGAUUCCAGGCACCCAAGUAUUGGGUCAAAUUACUAAUAUUGGAAAAUUAGACUUGACGUUGUCUGUAGGUGAUAAUUUGGUUGGUUAUAUUCCAAUUACGUCUAUAAGUGAAGAGAUCACGGAGCAAAUCGAAAAGUUCGAAGAAGCAGAUGAAGACAGUGAAGACGAAGAAGAAUUGCAAUACGAUGGCAAUGAAAAGGAUCAGGAAAUACAGACUGCAACAUUAAAGACCAAGAAUGCCGAAUUCCCUGUUUUGAAAGAGAUUUUCAAGAUUGGACAAUGGUUAAGAGCUAAAGUUGUCAAGCCCUCAAGUGAUUCUAAAAAGAAAAGAAUCCAAUUAUCUAUUGAACCAGAAGUUGUUAAUGCCACCUUAGAGGAUGAAGAUCUUACCCCGGGAAACUUGUUGCAAUGUUCUAUUAAAUCCAUUGAAGAUCAUGGUGUUAUCUUGAAUGUCGGUAGAUCAAACUUUUCCGGUUUCAUUUCUAAUAAAGAGUUGAAGAAUAGUAAAGACAUCGAAUCUGAAGACUUGAAGGUUGGUGAUGUUUUGUUAACCAGUAUAGUAUCAAAGCCAUCGUCAAGAACAAUUACUUUAAGACCAGUGCAAUCUAAUUCUACUUCCAAGAAAGCCUCAGUAUCUACUAUUUCGUCGGUAGAUGCAAUUGAACCUGGUAUUUUAGUAGAUGCAUUAGUAUCAGAUAUUACCAAAAAUGGUAUUAUUACAAAGGUCUUUGGUUUAGUCGAUGCUACUAUUAACUUACCAAAUUUAAAUGAUUUCGAUUUACAAACUUUAAAACAUAAGUAUACUAUUGGUAAUAAUAUAAAGGCUAGAGUGACCGGUAUCUUAUUAAAGAGCGGUACUAAAAGAUUAAUGUUGUCUCAAUUACCACAUAUAAUAUCUUUUUCAUCUAGUCCAUCGGAUGACUCUAGUGCUUUAGAUGCAUUUCCAAUAGGUCAUAUAUUUGAAGAAGUUGAAGUGAAGGGAAGCGAUCCUAAUUAUGUGUUUGUUAGUUUUGGGUCUUCUACUUUACAUGGCCAAGUUCAUAAUUCUAAAAUCGACCCGCUGAAAAAUUUGGAAAUUGACUAUUCUGUUGGCUCAAAGCAUAAGGCAAGAGUAAUUGGUUAUAAUUCAAUCGAAAACUUAUUAGUUUUAACUAUGGAACCAAAAUUAAUUGAUUCUAAGUUUUUGACCACUGAUGACAUACCAGUUGGUGAAUUGGUCAACGGUGGCGAAAUUGUCAAGGUUUUGCCUGACUCAGCUGGAAUCGUCGUCAAGAUUCUCAAUGAUUUUGAAGCGUUAGUUCCAGGUAAUCAUAUGUCUGAUGUCAGAUUAGUCUAUCCUGAAAGAAAAUUCAAAGUCGGUGGUAAAGUCAAGGGUAGAGUCUUAAGAAAGCAAGGCAAAAAAUUGUUCCUUACUUUAAAGAAAUCAUUAGUCAAUAUUGAAGAUGAUGAAAUUUUGACUAGUUUCGAUAAGGCCACUGUUGGAUUUAAGUCUCCUGCAACUGUUGAGAAAUUUGUUCAUAAUGGUGCCAUUGUUUCUUUCUUUGGCAAUUUAAGGGCUUAUUUACCUAAGAAUGAAAUAUCCGAGACAUUCGUGAAUCAAGCAAGCGACCAUUUGAAGAUAGGACAGACGGUAAACGUUAAGAUAUUAAAUGUUAACAAAGAUGAUCAAAGGUUGAUGGUUACAUUAAGACAAUCCAUUGACUUGAGUGAUUCUCAAAAAGCCACUAUAUCUGACUUGUAUCCAGGUAAAUCUAUCACCACUGCAAUUGUCGUUGAGAAGGCCAAAGAAUCCGUGAUUGUUGAGUUGGAAAAUAGCAAUUUGCGUGGGGUUAUCUUUAGCGGGCAUUUGUCAGAUGGUAACUACGAACAGAAUAGAUCUAUUUUUAAGAAGUUACCAAUUGGAGAAAAAAUUGAAGUUCUUGUUUUGGAAAAGGAUUUGAAAUCUAGGUCUGUCACUGUUUCUGCCAAAGCAUCUUUAAUUGAAGCUGCUAAACAAAGCGAAGUUCCAGCAUAUUUUAAGGAUAUAAAGGUGGAUAAUAAGAUGUUACACGGUUACAUUAAAUCUGUUACUAAUAUGGGUUUAUUUAUCUCAUUUGCUGGUAAAUUAACUGGUUUAGUAUUGGCUAAGUAUGCAACUGAUAAGCCAGAUGAGGACUUGUCCAAAAAGUUCUACAAGUAUCAAUCUGUUUCCUGUCGUGUUAUUAGAAUUGAUGAAGAAAACAAAAGAUUUUUAUUAUCUUUAAAGAAGAGUGAAAAUUCUAAGGAUUCCUCCAACACAGAAGAAGUUAUCAAUCCAAUUGAUGGUGGUAAGUCCACAAUUGGUGAUUAUACUCCUGGUGUGAUUACUAGUGCGGUCGUUAAAUCUAUUAAAGGUACUCAAUUGAAUGUUCAAUUAGCAGAUAAUCUACAAGGUAGAGUCGACAUCACACAAUGUUUCAACUCAUGGUCUGAAAUCAAAGAUAAAAAACAGCCCUUAUCACAGUUCCAUAAGAAUGAUAAAAUUAAAGUUAAAGUUAUUGGAUUCCAUGAUGCAAAAACACACAGAUUUUUACCAAUCACUCAUCGUAAAUCCAACAAAAAUAUCAUUUUAGAGUUGUCUAUGCUUGAAAAAGAAUUGAAAACUCCAGAUGAACCAUACCAUAUGUUGAACUUAUCAAACACUUCAGAAGGUUCAAAAUGGGUUGCUUUUAUUAAUAACGUUGCAAAAGGAUUUGUAUGGGUAUCCAUUACACCAACCAUUAAGGGGCGUAUCUCAUUUAUGGAAUUGAGCGAUGAUGUCUCGGUAUUUGAUGAUAUAGAAAACAAGUUGCCUAUUGGUAUGGCUAUAGAGGCUACAGUUAAAGAUAUUGAUAAUGACCAUAAUACUGUUGUUUUGAGUGCAAGAAACACCACUAUGGGUACCAUUAAAGAUGUAAAGGUCGGCGAUAAGUUGCCUGCAAGAGUUUUAAAGGUAAGAGACACUUUUGUAUUGGUUGAAUUAGGCAAAAAUCUCGUCGCUUCUUCGUUUAUUACUGAUGCAUUGAACGAUUAUACUGAAAAAUUAGAUAAUGUUUUCCAUACUAAUGAUUUCUGUACAGCUACUGUUUUAGCUGUUGAUGAAGAAUCGAAAAAGAUUGCCGUCUCUUUGCGUAAUAACGAUGCUACUGAUAAAGUCAUUGAUUCUAUAGAAGAUUUAAACCGCGGUGAUAUCGUAAGGGGAUUUGUUAAAAACAUUGCAAAUAAUGGUGUUUAUGUUGCAUUAGGUAGAUCGAUACAUGCUUUGGUUAGAAUCACUGACUUAUCAGAUUCAUUCUUAAAAGACUGGAAGAAAUAUUUCAAACCUCACCAACCAAUCCUUGGUAAGAUUUCAUCCUGUAAGGAAGAGGGUCGUAUUCUUAUGACCUUGAAGGAAAGUGAAGUUAAUGGUGAAUUGAAUGUCUUGAAGAAAUUUGAAGAUUUAGAGUUAGGUGAAAUAUUUGAAGGUUCCGUUAGAAGAGUUACUGAUUUUGGUGUUUUCAUUAAAUUGGAUGGAACGGUGAAUAUCAGUGGUUUAUGUCACCAUUCUCAGAUUGCAGAUAAUGAUGUUGAAAAUGUUUCAUCCUUAUUUGGAGAAGGUGAUCGUGUCAAAGUCAAGAUUUUAGCAAUUGAUCAAGAAAAGAAACAAUUAUCAUUAGGUAUGAAAGCAUCCUACUUCACUAAUGCUGAUGCUUCUUCCGAGCAAGAUGAUGUUGAGAUGUCCGACGCGAAUGAUCAAAACGACUCUGGUUCUGAAUCUGAUGAUGAACAUGAAAAUGCUGAAUCUGACGAUGAAGUAAUGGAAGAUGUCUUGGAAAAUGAAAAUGAUGCUAGCGAAAACGAGAGCGACAGUGAAGAUGAUCAAGAGAAUGAUAAUGCCAGAUCGACUGGUGUAUCUGGAUUAUCUACUAAUGGUUUCGAUUGGACGGCGUCUAUAUUGGAUCAAGCUGAAGAUAACUAUUCAUCAUCUGACGAAGAGGAUUUUACACAUGAAAAGAAGAAGAAAAAGAAGACUCUGAAAGUUAUUGAGGAUAAGACUGCCGAUUUAAAUACUAGAGCGCCACAAUCUGUAUCUGAUUUUGAACGAUUAUUGGUUGGUAACCCAAAUUCCUCUAUCAUGUGGAUGAAUUACAUGUCAUUCCAAUUACAAUUAAGUGAAGUUGAUAAGGCACGUGAAAUUGGUGAAAGAGCAUUAAAGACAAUUAAUUAUCGUGAAGAACAAGAGAAGAUGAACAUUUGGAUAGCAUUGUUGAAUUUGGAAAACACAUUCGGCACUGACGAUACAUUAGAAGAAACUUUCAAGCGUUCAUGUCAAUACAUGGACUCAUUAACUAUGCAUCAAAAAUUAGUGAGUAUCUACACCAUGUCUGAAAAGUUUAGAAAGGCUGAUGAAUUAUAUAAAGUCAUGUGUAAGAAAUUCGGUAAGAAUGUUUCUAUUUGGGUUCAAUACGGAUCUUCCUUGUUAGAUCGUCAAUUAAAUGACGAAGCACACGAAGUUUUGGCCCGUUCUUUACAAGUUUUGCCUAAGAGAGAACAUAUUGAGGUUGUUAGAAAAUUUGGACAAUUAGAAUUUACAAAGGGAGAUCCUGAACAGGGUAGAUCAUUAUUCGAAGGGUUAAUUUCUGAUGUUCCAAAGAGAAUUGACUUGUGGAAUGUUUAUAUCGACCAAGAAAUUAAACAAGAUAAUAAGGCUAAGGUCGAAGAUUUAUUUGAAAGGGCCAUUACCAAAAAAUUAUCUCGUAAGCAAGCCAAAUUCUUCUUUAGCAAGUGGCUCUCCUUCGAAGAAGAAAAGGAUGAUCAACAAUUUGCUGCUCGCGUUAAAGCUAAAGCUGCUGAGUACGUCCAAUCUCAUCAAAAGGAUGAAUAA